AUGGGAUCCAGUCACCGUCGCAAUCUCCUCCAAGAGAUGCCCAAUGCUCUGCAGAAGCACGUCGAAUAUUCACAGGGUAUCAACCUGCAGACUCAUCCUGUCUCAUCAGUCAGAAUUACAAAUAAAUCUCCAUGGGAUACGUACGCCAAGGUAUUUAACUGUGAACUCGCUGGGGAUGUUGUAAUUGUGGUACAUCGCACCGAGCCGUCGGAGGUCUACGCCCUGAGGCCCUAUCGUGAAGCUAUUGGUGCCAAAGUCCUACAUCGUCUGACUCAGCUCCAACACAAAAAUAUACUGUCUGCAAAGGAAUGUUUCUGUACAGAAGAGUCUAUGUACGCCCUGUGUCAGGACUUUCCUCUGACCCUUGAGGAUAUUAUCACUUGUGAUGCGUACUUGGACGAAAUUCAAUUAUCUGCCAUUCUGACACAGGUAUCUCUUCCGGCUACCCACUUACGUGUGGUUGACUAA